AUGGCCUGGAGUAAGGUACCUCUACUCUUGCAUGGAUUUCUCCUGCUGGUUCAGUGUAAACCCUCCCUUCAAGGAGGUACAGGAAUCUACAUACCAGCUGGUGCAGGGGGAGGAACUGGAGGUGGAUUAGGGGGUGGUCUUGGUACUGGAGCUGGAUUUGGUGCUGGAACCGGUCCAGGAGGUGGAUUUGGUGCUGGAAUCAGAAGUGUUGGGCCAGGAGUUGGUCAUGGAGGAGCUGGAACAGGAUUAGGUCCAGGUGCUGGUCCUGGUCCUGGUGGUCUUGGAAUCGGGCCAGGAACUGGCAUAAGACCUGGAACUGGUUAUGGAGGUGGUGGUCCUGGGGGGCAAGGUACUGGACUGGGUGCUGGAGGCCUUGGAGGAGUUGGGCCUGGUGCUGGAGGUCUUGGGGGAGUUGGACCUGGUGGUGGAGGGCUUGGGUCAUUCAUCAAGCCACAUAAAACAGGAGGAUAUGGAGGUCUACCAGGAAUUGGACCAGGUGGUACAGGUGUGGGUCCUGGAUCACUUGCACCUGGAGUAGUUGGUCCUUCUGGCAUUGGUCCAGGAGGCAUUGGACCGGGCGGAAUAGGACUUGGUGGCAUUGGACCAGGAAGUGUCGGACCUGGAGGGAUUGGUGCUGGUGCUGGAACUGGAGGCCUUGGAGCAGGUGCUGGUGGCAAACCUCCUAAACCAGGUUAUGGGGGUAUUCCAGGCACUCUUGGAACCGGAGGUCUUGGUGGUAGUGGUGGUCUUGGUGGCCUUGGACUCAGGCCAGGGGGUUCUGGCCUUGGAGGUUUAGUACCUGGUGGCUUUGGUGUUGGUCCUGGAGCUAGUGGCAUUGGCACAUGGGUACCUAGACAAGGUGUGGGCACUGGUGUGGGAGGGUUUGGCCCUGGUGGAGUUGGUCCAGUAGGUGCUGGAAGAGGUGUGGGAGGAAAACCACCAAAAACAAGUUAUGGAGGUCUUGGUGGUUAUGGCUCAGGAGGUGUCAGCACUGGAGGUAUAGGACCUGGUGGCAUUGUUCCUGGUGGAGUUGGACCAGGUAGCGUCAGGCCAGGUGGCAUUGUCCCUGGUGGCACUGGACCUGGUGGCAUUGUCCCUGGUGGAAUUGGACCAGGUGGCAUCGGACCAGGUGGCAUUCUCCCAGGUAGCACUGGACAAGGUGGCAUUGUCCCUGGUGGUGCUGGACCAGGUGUCUUGAGUCUUGGUAAGACAUCUUUUUAA